CUCCUUCCUGUCGCAAGGAGCUGUGGGGUGCGUUAGCGACUUGUGGCUGGCUGGGCCUUCCUCCCCCAGAGACGCCUUCCGACCCCAUGGCACUGGCAGAGGGGGAAAGAAAGCUCUAGCCGGGAGCUGCCUUCUGCCCUCCAAGUUGCUGGACUGAAUUCCCUACCUUCCAACAGCCUCCUUCAGAGCUGAUUAUAAUUUAAAGACCAAUUUCAAACGGCAGAAGGAGGACCACUUUAAGUUGUUCUGACACAGAGUGGGAGCUGGCAGCGUGACGCGAACUCCACAACUAAAGUGACGAGCUCAGGAAAAUGCAAAAAUAGUGCGCUCCGAGGAAGAAGGAGAAAAGAAGUCAACUUCAAGCAGAUUGACUUGAAUUGGGAUCUCAUUUGAGAAGCCUAAGUGUCCGGUAAACUGUAGUAGUUAUUUUUUAUUUGGAAAACCCUCAAGUUCCAGUGGCUUUAUCAUCCUGUACUUUACUUUCUGAAAACCUGGCAAUCCCAUGUGGACUUCUGGUAGAAUGAGCAAUGCAAAGAGCUGGCUGGGACUUGGCAUGUCCUUGUACUUCUGGGGACUGAUGGACCUUACGACCACCGUUCUCUCCGGCACGCCAACACCACCAGGCAAAUUAGAAGCGCUCCUGUCAGAUAAGCCACAGUCACACUCGCGGACAAAGAGGAGCUGGGUUUGGAAUCAGUUUUUUGUUCUGGAAGAGUACACUGGAACUGACCCUUUGUAUGUCGGCAAGCUCCAUUCAGACAUGGACAGAGGGGAUGGAUCCAUCAAAUACAUCCUCUCAGGAGAAGGUGCAGGCAUCGUGUUUACCAUCGACGAUACCACUGGAGACAUCCACGCCAUUCAGAGGCUUGAUCGAGAGGAAAGGGCCCAGUACACUUUAAGGGCUCAAGCCCUAGACAGGAGAACAGGCAGGCCUAUGGAGCCGGAGUCUGAGUUCAUCAUCAAAAUCCAAGACAUCAAUGACAAUGAGCCCAAGUUCCUGGAUGGACCUUAUGUCGCCACUGUGCCAGAAAUGUCACCAGUGGGGACCUCUGUCAUCCAGGUGACAGCCACAGAUGCUGAUGAUCCAACCUACGGCAACAGUGCCCGGGUAGUAUACAGCAUUCUCCAGGGCCAGCCAUAUUUUUCUGUGGACUCCAAAACAGGUGUCAUUAGGACAGCUCUCAUGAACAUGGACCGAGAAGCCAAAGAAUACUAUGAAGUGAUUAUCCAAGCCAAGGACAUGGGAGGGCAGCUUGGAGGGUUAGCUGGGACCACAACGGUCAACAUCACCCUCUCAGAUGUCAAUGAUAACCCACCCCGCUUUCCCCAGAAACAUUAUCAGAUGAGUGUGUUGGAAUCAGCUCCAGUUAGCUCCACCGUGGGUAGAGUAUUUGCCAAGGACUUGGAUGAGGGAAUCAAUGCAGAGAUGAAAUACACCAUCGUGGAUGGAGACGGUGCAGAUGCCUUUGACAUUAACACAGAUCCCAAUUUCCAAGUUGGCAUCAUAACUGUGAAGAAGCCCCUGAGUUUUGAAAGCAAGAAAAGUUACACCUUGAAAGUGGAAGGAGCCAAUCCUCACCUAGAGAUGCGUUUUCUGAACCUAGGCCCAUUUCAGGACACAACAACAGUGCACAUCAGUGUGGAAGAUGUGGAUGAGCCCCCCAUAUUUGAACCUGGCUUUUAUUUUGUGGAGGUUCCUGAGGAUGUGGCAAUUGGAACAACCAUACAGAUCAUUUCUGCCAAGGACCCAGAUGUGACCAACAACUCAAUCAGAUAUUCCAUUGACAGAAGCAGUGACCCUGGAAGAUUCUUCUACGUUGACAUUACAACAGGUGCCCUAAUGACUGCAAGACCCCUUGAUCGGGAGGAGUUUUCUUGGCAUAAUAUCACUGUCCUUGCUAUGGAAAUGAACAACCCUUCCCAGGUUGGAAGUGUUUCCGUCACAAUCAAAGUCUUAGAUGUGAAUGACAAUGCUCCAGAAUUCCCCAGAUUCUAUGAAGCUUUUGUAUGUGAAAAUGCCAAAGCAGGGCAGCUGAUCCAGACAGUGAGUGCUGUGGACCUAGACGACCCACACAGUGGUCAGCACUUCUACUACAGCUUGGCUCCCGAGGCUGCUAACAACCCCAACUUCACCAUUCGGGACAACCAAGAUAACACUGCCCGGAUUCUCACCAGGAGGUCUGGCUUCCGGCAGCAGGAGCAGAGUGUGUUUUACCUGCCCAUCCUGAUAGCAGACAGCGGGCAGCCGGUACUGAGCAGCACGGGCACGCUGACCAUCCAGGUGUGCGGCUGUGACGACGACGGCCAUGUCCUGUCCUGCAGCCCCGAGGCCUACAUGCUCCCGGUCAGUUUGAGCCGGGGCGCCCUCAUCGCCAUCCUGGCCUGCAUCUUCGUCCUCCUAGUGCUGGUGCUGCUCAUUUUGUCCAUGAGGAGGCACCGGAAACAGCCGUACAUCAUCGACGACGAGGAGAACAUCCACGAGAACAUCGUCCGCUACGACGACGAGGGCGGCGGCGAGGAAGACACCGAGGCCUUCGACAUCGCGGCCAUGUGGAACCCGCGGGAGGCGCAGGGGGGAGGCGCCCCCAAGACGCGGCAGGACAUGCUGCCCGAGAUCGAGAGCCUCUCCCGCUACGUGCCUCAGACGUGCGCCGUGAGCAGCACGGUCCACAGCUACGUGCUGGCCAAGCUCUACGAGGCCGACAUGGACCUGUGGGCCCCGCCCUUCGACUCCCUCCAGACGUACAUGUUCGAGGGGGACGGCUCCGUGGCCGGGUCGCUGAGCUCCCUGCAGUCGGCCACGUCGGACUCGGAGCAGAGCUUCGACUUCCUGACGGACUGGGGGCCCCGCUUCCGGAAGCUGGCGGAGCUCUACGGGGCGUCGGAGGGGCCCGCGCCCCUGUGGUGACGGAAGCCGGGAGGCAGGCGCGCGUCCAAACCCAGACGUUCUCGGCGGACGCUCGCCGUGGGCGCCGCCAACCGCACGAGCAAUACUGUGCUGGAGAGCGAGAAGGGGGUGAGCGGCGAAGAGAGCUCUCUCUGGAUCA